CUUUCGAAGCGACAUUUUCAUUUAUCUCGCUCAUAAACUCUAGCGCACAUACGCACGUGUCCAUGUACAAAAUAUACAUGUGCGACGCGUCAUAUUCCGGUUGCAACUAGUUUACUGUAUCUUUAGAGUUAUCAAAGAUCCCUCGGAGUAUAUUCUAAGCAGAUUUGAAAAGAUUCUCACUCCUAGUCUCCGAGUUCGAUGACUGUAAAACUUGGAAAGCAAAACAUUUUGUCUAGACGAGUUUUGUUUUCAUGCGUAAAUACGAACACAAGGUGAAAGAAUUAAAAGAAAAGGAAAACACAACGACACUUAGGAAGUUUCGAAUGUUUAUUUUCUUCUUUAAUUUCGAAUGUUUAUUUUCUUCUUUAAUUUCAACAUAUCGCAUUCGAUACGUUGGAAAAUACGUCCGUAUAAAAUGAUUUCUAGUGAGAGUAUACUAAGGAAAAUUGUGGAAAAAAGCGGCAAGGGAAAAACUUGUAUCAUCAUUUCAAUAUGAAUUAAUUUCGCGAUUCAUCCUAAUUAUUAUUUUCAUUAAUCAAUUCGUACAACUUAUAGAAAUAUCGGGAAAGAUCUGACGUCAGUGUGAAAAAAUGGAUGAUGCUCUUCUUGAUGGGAUAACGAAAGUGAUUAGCAGCAUGAACGUGUGACGUCUGACUUAUGUACAUAUUUCUUUACGAUUUAACGUACGAAUAAAAAAGCAAAACGUAACAUCCUAUCAUCAUUUAAAAAUAAAAAAAAAAAAAGGAAAGAACAAAUAUUCUUUAAAAAUAAUCUUUUUAAAUGCAGAUGGAUGCAUUUAAUUCUCCGUAUGAAAUUUCAGCGAAUCUAUCCGCCAUCGAUGAAAGAUUUUGAAAUAGGACGAACUUACGUAAAUUUCUAUCGAAGGAAAGUUUUUCCGCCGUACCUGGCACGCGACCAUUACGUAAAAACUUCAAAGUCUUAUCGUCGGGAACAAAGACGCUAUCGCUCUAUUGUAAAUUAAAAGAUACAGAUGGAUUUGCGUCAAAGACGAUUCGAUCAAGUCAGAGGAUAUCUCAUAAGAGUGAUCGUUCUGAGAUGGAGGGUGGAAUCGUUUCAACUUGUAGAGAGAAUCGUUCAACAUAUCGAUUUCAAAGAAUUCUUUACUAGUAACACACAAAAAUCUUAUGUCUUCUUCUCUCGAUCGCCAACGUAAGAAUAUUUUCCUUGAAGGCAUCUUGAUCUACGACCCCCUGCUGCAUGUAUCCGAUUAACGGAAUACGACAGUCGGUGGACUGCGAGAGAAAAAGAGAUAAAAAGUUAGGACGACCAACAGAUAAACUAGUGUCAAAUGACGCCAAUCGCAAAGUGGUCGGAAUUGAUAUCAAUUGUCCGUACGAUUCGUGGCGGAUAUUUAUGACGCAAAUCGUACGACAAUAAUUUCGACGUACGUACAGCCCGAUCUAUACCGAUAUAUUUAUGUUACAUCCGAUCAUCCCGAUAUCCUCCUUAUGUAUAGACACUUUGUUAAGGCGCAAAGAAAUAGAAAUGAUGCAAAAUGAUUUCGACUUUUGCUACCUCGGAGACGCGAGUUAUAAUUAUGAUCGAAACAAUUGCAUUUCUAUUCUUGCAAAAUUGUAUCUUUAAAAGAUGGCAAAAUUGUGGCCGAUGGUUUACGUCAUUGGAACAGCUUGCUGGACAUGUCGCGAGACUGCAUGCAGCACCUGGUGCUCGAGGAUUGUUUUACUGCGGAUGGGAAGGAUGUGCGAGAGGUGAACGUGGAUUUAAUGCCAGGUACAAGAUGUUGGUCCACGUCCGUACGCAUACGAACGAGAAGCCACAUCAUUGUUUCCAAUGCGACAAGAGCUUCAGCAGGGCGGAGAACCUAAAGAUUCAUGCUAGAUCCCAUACUGGCGAACGACCGUACGUAUGUCCUGUCGAAGGUUGCAAUAAGGCCUAUUCUAAUUCCUCGGACAGAUUCAAACAUACCAGAACCCAUGCCGUCGAUAAGCCGUACUGUUGUAAAGUCCCGGGAUGUCCAAAAAGGUACACGGAUCCUUCGUCCCUGAGAAAGCAUGUGAAAACUUACAGGCACUACGUGAACAACAAUGAUAAAGUGCAGGAGAAGAAUUUCGAUGAAAAUGGUUUACAGGAUAAAACGAGAUUCGACGCUACGUCACCUGAAAAACAAAGCAGUACCACCCAUUCCGAGUCUGACAAGAAAGACUCAAGUAUCGAAAGCAGCAAUACCUCUUGCUCGAGCCCAAAGGCGAGCAAUAGCUUCGAGGAGCAGAAAAAUUUUGUCGAAUGGAACAAUAUGUACAAUCUGCAGGAUCAACGGAAGGAACAGGAAUUGGUGCAAAAUUCAUACGGACAGGAAGUAAAAAUUUAUUCCAAGAUUUAUGACGACAGUUACAUAAUACCGGAUAGAAUUCAAGUGAAUCCGAUCUACGGAAAUACGGCUGGUAAUACGAUUAUAAAGGGAUCCGUGAUGUCCCCACGUACCAGUCCAGGACACGUUCCAGACGCAUCGCCGAUAAGAAUCGGAAUGCAAUCGACACCGAUCAAAGCCGAAGAACCCGUCGAAUGUCAAAGUAAAAUAAGCACUGUUGAUUAUAGAAAUAUCGAUUCCAUCGUGAACAGUGCGCCCUGCAAGAAGGAGAGCAAUUCAAUCGUCGGUUGCGAUACUAUAAGAAACUCUGUGAUAAAGCGGGCCGAAGACGUUAAGAUGGAAGUGAUCGAGCAAAAGGUAACGAAGGAGGAGACCAAAAAAGGCAUGGUGGAGUGCUGCUGCCAUCACAAAUGUUGCGUUCAUAACAACGACAAUAUUUUAGAAAAAACGAAAAUACUUUCGGAUCUUAUUCUCAAAUCGCAGAAUCCUCUCUUUCGACAUCUUCUUGGUUCGGUGGAUCUGCAAUAUGGUUUGCAAAAUAUGUGGAGCAAUAUCAUCGACAAUACCAAUACCUGCGGGCAAGAUCUUAGAGUCAAAAAUGAGAAUAUCACCGAAAUAGAACAAGAUCUUCCAUUGGACCUAACAGUCAACAAGUAAUGGUGUAUCUAACGGAAAUUUCUACAAGAAUUAUCAAAAGACUCAUCUUAAUUUCUGCCUCGAUAGGCCCAUCAAAUUGCAACGUAUAUAUGUAUGUGUAUUCCCAAGUGUUAAUCCAUUUGAAAUUGACCAACAACGAGGGACAAUUUUGGUAGACGAAAAAUGUACUUUGUCUAAAAUUAUAUUAUUACGAUACUAUAUAAAAAUUAAGUAUUGACAAUUUUCACUGUAUAAUCCAGCGUCUAGGCGCUAUUAAUUGUGUGUGCAUAAUAAGAUUUUCUGUACAACUCACAAUCAAAUGUCGAUACACUAUUACAUUGUUUUAUAUUAAAAGGACAUACAUAUGUAAUAUAUGUAAAUAGAAAAAAUAUAUAUACAUAUAAAAAUAUUAUUAUAUCUGUACGGAUGUUCGUACAAGCGGUCGGUCCACCUGAAUAUUUCUAAAAGGGAAACGUAAUUUCCCAAUUCGGAAAGCGCGUUCGACUAUAGAAAAAUAUUGAAUAAAAAUAUAUUAUUUAUGUAAAAA